GGGCUUUAAAUAGCGUCGAGCUCUCGAGUUAAAUUUGCAGUUGCAGUUGCAAAUAUGUGUUGUAAGUAUCUAUUGUUUGUGGCAAUUGGUCUAUUGAUGUGCCUCUCCAGCAGUCAAGCCAAGCCAGCAAAGUGCAGCGAGAAGCACUCGAUGGCGGGCAUGCCACAAGACUCUGCCGCCUGCAUGGCCUUCAUGCCCAGCUGGAGUUACAAUGCCGCAAAGAAUACUUGUGUGGAGUUCAUUUAUGGCGGUUGCGGUGGCAAUCAAAAUCAAUUUGGCAGUCGCGAUGAAUGUGAGAAGGCCUGCAAGGACUAAGUGGCACAAGGGAACCACUUCAAACCGGCUUCAAAAGUGUUGGCAAUACCCAAAAUACAAAAUACAAAAUCAAAAGCAAA